ACUUCAGAGACUAUUUGUGAUUAAAAAAAACCAAUAAAAAAUAAAAAAUGGAUGUCGCCCUUUCAAUAUGGGUUGCAGCCACGAGCCCUCAGCCAACUCCUCCUAUAUCAAAACCUACUGGUUCAUUGAUAGACAAAUGUCGCGAUUCUUCUGGUGGGAGGGAGAGAGUCAACAAUGAUAUAAAAUAUAAUAAUCUACAUUUUUCUAGCCACAAAUGUAUACUGAAUACUUUUAUUUUUAAUGAAAUGGCGAGGAAAAUUCGAUCUUGGUAUAUGUUGAAAUAAUAUCGUUGAGAAAAAAAGUAUUACUAAACUAAGAGUUAGUUGGUGUUUAUAUCAACGAUUUGAUGUCGGAUAUGAAAUUGUAAACGCAAAGUUACAUUGUAAUACUCUUUUCUUAAGUACGUGGAAUUUUCCUUGCUCUUUCAUGAAAUGCAUUAUUAGUAUUACGUUCAAAUGAACAGUGGUCACUAGUCAAAUUUCCACACCGCGUCUGAAUUAAUUACUUCGAAAUUAAUGAAUAUAUUAUCGAGCCACAGAAUGAAUCUUUAUUGACUUUCUCAAGUCUUCUUCUUGUCUUCCCUGGUGGUGCUCCUGGUCGCACUGACUGGGGCAAAAGCUUUGAUCAAUUACGAGCACUUUGCUUCAUCAAGAUAUAAACCACAGAGGGCAUGUAGCUCAUUAAAGUGUAAUGACGAACUCUUUUGGCAGCUAGAUGUUCGAUGGUCAGAAGGAGCAAUAAAAAUAGGAAAGCACUUCAACCAGGGAAUACGCUUAACUGAUCUAGUCUUCAUUUUAUAGACAGUAGGUGAAAUCCUUCUUCUGUUCUAAUAAAGGAUUUGGCAGAGAAUAUUAGAAUGGCAUUGGAGCUUAUACCUAUUGGGACCAUCUUGGCCGUGCUAACAAACCAGGUCAUUAAAACAGCUCAUGCUGCUAAAGAUGUUAUCGAAAGAGAGAGUUUCAAGGUCCUGUCAAAGCACUUGUUUGACAUUGAACUGGUCUUAAAAGAAUUGCAGCUUCAAGAACUGAAUGAUUCUCAAGCUGCUAGGCUUGCUUUGGAGUCCCUUGAAACAGAUGUUAAAAGGGCUAAUAAUCUGGUUGAGAAGUACAAAAAUCGAGCUCGUUUCUACUUGCUUGUCAAGUGCCGACACAUAGUCAAGGAGGUACAAGACGUUACUAGGGAUAUUGGUAGGUCAUUGGCUGCUCUAUCCCUGGCAAAUACUGAAGUUUUAUCGGGGAUAUCUGAUCAGGUGAAUAGGUUACAGAAUGAGAUGCAAAGAGUGGAAUUUGAGGCUUCCCAGUCUCAGCUCCAAGUUUUUGACAAGCUAAACCAAGGUCUUAAAGAUCAGACCCUUGACCAGGGUUUUGCAAAUGACAUGCUUGCAGAAAUAGCUAUGGCAGUUGGAGUGCCUUUAGAGCCCUCGGAGAUAAGCAAAGAGCUAGCAGAGCUUAAAAUUGAAAGAUUGCUUCUAGAUGUUCGAUGGUCAGAAGGAGCAAUAAAAAUAGGAAAGCACUUCAACCAGGGAAUACGCUUAACUGAUCUAGUCUUCAUUUUAUAG